ACAGCUAUGAGGCCGCGCCUAACGUAACGCCUGUUCCUGCUUCCUUAGUAUAUCUAACGCCUUGCCAGCUUGAACGGUCUAAUUCAAGCAGUCGUCCCUCGAUUCUCCCCAGUCCUGCACCAUGUCGUCACCGCCGGCUCAGGAAGAUCAGGCUCGGCUACUGGAAGAUGCGCUGAGCGUCGUGCGACAGCAGACUAUGCUCAUGCGCAGGUGCCUAGAGACUCCGGGGAAGCUCAUGGAUGCCCUGAAGUGCAGCUCAACCCUCGUAUCGGAGCUCCGGACAAGCAGCUUGGGGCCAAAGCAGUAUUACGAGUUAUAUAUGUCGGUAUUCGAUGCGCUGCGGCACCUCUCUGUCUACCUACGCGAUAAUCAUCCUGUCAAUCACCUCGCCGAUCUAUAUGAGCUUGUGCAGUAUGCUGGAAAUAUCAUCCCUCGGUUGUACCUCAUGGUUACGGUGGGCACUGUCUACAUGGCAAUUGAAGAUGCGCCAGUGAAAGAGAUCAUGAAGGACAUGAUGGAGAUGAGUAGGGGUGUGCAGCAUCCCAUCAGGGGUCUGUUUUUGCGAUAUUAUCUCUCUGGGCAAGCAAGAGACUGUUUGCCACAAGGAACUGGUGAUGGGCCAGAGGGCAACCUCCAGGACUCCAUUAGCUUUAUUCUGACCAACUUCGUGGAAAUGAACAAGCUGUGGGUCCGAUUGCAGCACCAAGGGCACUCCAGAGAACGUGAACAACGGACGAAAGAGAGGCAAGAGCUGCAACUGCUGGUCGGCAGCAACCUAGUCAGGUUAAGCCAAUUGGUGGAUCUAGAGAACUACAAAAAGAUCUUGAAUCCUUUACUGGAACAGGUCGUUCAGUGCCGGGACGUACUUGCCCAGGAGUAUCUACUAGAAGUCAUCACACAGGUCUUCCCGGACGAGUUCCACCUCCACACCCUGGAUCAAUUCCUGUCUGCCACAGCGCGCCUGAAUCCGAAUGUCAACAUCAAGGCAAUUGUAAUAGGGCUGAUGGAUCGUUUGUCUGCCUAUGCGGCGCGAGAAGCUGAGUCUGAGUCGCCUGAAGAACGAAAGAAGACUGAGGAAGAGGCGACGGCGAAGCUGUUUGAGAAUUUACGGAUUGCUAAAGAGAAGAAAUCGAUCGAGUCACCGAAGCAACAUAAUGGAGACACUACAGAAGGCGAGCAACCAGCUGCAGACGCAGAUCCUGCCACUACAAAUGAGGAUGCGGAACCAGGUCAAUCGACGGAACCCGGAACAUCAGAAACCGAACCGGACGAGAAGACUCGUGGCAUCCCCAGCAGCGUCAAGUUGUUUGAGAUAUUCUAUGAACAGGUUACCAGUUUGGUCAGACUGCAAAGACUGCCCAUUCAAGAUACAAUCGCAAUGUUGGUAUCGUUAGCCGGUUUGGCUUUGAACAUAUACCCAGAAAGACUAGAUUACGUUGAUCAAGUCUUGUCUUUUGCCAUCGAGAAGGUCACACAGUUCGCGAACAGCGCAGACCUCCACUCGCAAGGCUCGCAGCAGAACAUCUUGAGCUUACUGCUGUCGCCCAUAAAAGCUUAUAUAUCCUUAUUUACCGCACUUGCACUACCCAGCUUUGCUCCUCUUCUUUAUUUACAGCCCUAUCCUACUAGAAGAGCAGUUGCUGGAGAAGUGGCACGGAGUCUUCUCCGGAAUCAGACGAAGAUUACCACGGUGGAGAAUCUGGACAGCGUGAUGGACAUAUUAAAGGUACUGAUCAAAGAGGGCAUUCAACAGCCGCAAGGCUACCCUGGGGGACCUGUCCAACGAAAAGCCAUGGAGACAGAAGAGACAAUAGAAGAACAGGGCUGGUUGUCGCGGAUAGUGCAUCUCAUCCAAGGUGAAGACAACGACACUCAAUUCAAAUUAAUUCAAAGCACCCGCAAAGCCUUCGCUGAAGGUAACGAACGCGUGCGCUUCACCAGUCCCGCCCUCCUGACCGCCUCGAUAAAACUCGCGCGCUGCUUCAAAGCCCGCGAGCACUACGACGACAACUGGUCCAGCCAAUCUUCGUCACUUUACAAAUUUAUGCAUUCGCUGCUCUCUACAUUGUAUGCGCGCGUUGGUGGCGCUGCCGAGCUGUCCCUACGCCUGUUCGUCGGCUGCGGCCAAGUUGCCGACCAGACAGGCUUCGAAGAAGUUGCGUACGAGUUCUUCGCCCAGGCGUUCACAAUCUAUGAGGAAGCCAUCAGCGACUCGCGCGCGCAGUUUCAAGCGGUAUGUGUUGUUGCUGGCGGGCUGCACUCGACACGCAACUUCAGCAAGGAAAACUACGAUACGCUGAUUACGAAGUGUGCAUUGCAUGGUAGUAAAUUGCUCAAGAAGCCUGAUCAGUGUCGCGCGGUCUAUCUUGCGAGUCAUCUGUGGUGGGCGACUGAGAUACGCGCGAAGGGCGAGGAGGACCUAAAGAGCUUAUAUCGCGAUGGAAAGAGAGUGCUGGAGUGUUUGCAGCGAGCGCUUAGAGUAGCUGAUGCGUGCAUGGAUACAGCGGUUAGUGUGGAGCUGUUUGUGGAGAUUUUGAAUCGCUAUGUGUACUAUUUUGAUCAAGAGAACGAUGCGGUCACGACGAAAUACCUCAACGGCCUGAUUGAGUUGAUCCAUUCCAAUCUAAACAUGAACGAGGCAACGUCAAGUCUGGAAAAUCCAAGGAGACACUUCUUGCGGACGCUUGAGUAUAUUAGAAGUCGCGAAUACGAGGGCGUGGUGACGGAGGCGAAGUGAAAGGCGGGACGAAGGGAGGGUUUUGGGCAAUGGUACUGUACAGAUAGCGUUGCGCGGUUCUACAGUAGCAAAAGUAAAUGGAACACGGUGGAAAGGGUCAAUAGAUUAAUAUUCAUACCCGCAACAUGUAAAAUUGAUUGGGGUACAUUACAUUGCAUAAGUGAUGAGUAAAAUUUCGGUGUU